AUGUACGGAACGGACAACAACUUACACAUAUACUUCGUCCACACUGAUGUCUCCGGGGCCAUCGAUGUUGUAGAUCAUUCAGUAGUCAGUGAUGAGCUCCACGACCACUACCUCCCGAGCACCUAUAGGUAUACAACUGACCCUGUUGAAUUAGUAUACUUCAUAUGUGUCCAACCGUGUGCUGUUGACAUCAAUGGUUAUGUAUCAGACAGACAUACUGCCUCCUCCGGUGUGACUCGAGGAUCACAUUGGGUGCGAGUUCUACUGUUUCUCCAUUUAAUCAGUUAA